AAAAAAAAAAAAAACACGCCUUCAAAACCCAACAUCAAGAGUAAAUCCGUACCAGAGCCGGAAGUUGGCUGUCAAUCAUGAAGCGGAAGCUAGACGCCAACAAUGUCCCUUCACCGGAAGAUAGUGUGGAGAAGAAUAAUACGGCCCAUAGUUUCGAGAACUUGAACCUCGAUCCCAGACUCCUCCAAGCCCUGACGCAACAGAAAUUCACAAAACCAACGCUGAUUCAGGCGGAGGCAAUUCCACUAGCUUUAGAUGGGAAAGAUGUUUUAGCUCGCGCAAAGACCGGAUCUGGAAAAACAGCUGCUUACCUCCUGCCCAUCUUGCAGUCGAUUCUUCAGAAAAAGACGAAUGACCCUACACACAAGGCGAUUUCAACUUUGAUCCUAGUUCCAACGAGAGAAUUGGCGGAACAAGUUCACAAGACAGUUACCUCAUUCUCUGCCUUUGCUGGCAAAGAUAUACGCUCCACAAAUCUUACCCAAAAGGUUUCCGAUGCCGUGCAACGCUCAAUUCUUGCCGACCUCCCCGAUAUCGUCAUCUCAACUCCCGCUCGGGCGGUUGUGAAUAUCAACAGCUCUGCGCUCACUCUUCAGCACCUAACACAUCUAGUCAUUGACGAGGCGGAUCUCGUCCUCUCGUACGGUUAUGAAGAAGACAUGCAGAGUCUCGCCAAGGCUGUACCCCGUGGUGUUCAGGCCUUUUUAAUGAGUGCAACUUUUACGUCGGAAGUGGAUGCGCUGAAAGGUUUAUUCUGCAGGAACCCCGUUGUUUUGAAACUAGAAGAGAAGGAGGAUGAAGGGGCUGGAAUAAGCCAAUUUGUUGUCAGGUGUGCGGAAGAUGAGAAGUUCCUCUUGACGUAUGUUAUAUUCAAAUUACAACUUGUCAAGGGGAAAUGUAUCAUAUUCGUUGGUGACGUGGACCGUUGUUACCGAUUGAAACUGUUUCUCGAACAGUUUGGUAUCAGGAGCUGCGUGCUUAAUUCCGAGUUACCUGUGAAUUCGCGUAUCCAUGUGGUUCAAGAAUUCAACAAGGGCGUGUACGACAUCAUAAUAGCGGCCGACGACCAGGAAGUUCUAGGAGAACUACCUAAAAAACCUAGGAAACCAUCCCGGAAGUCAGAUCAAAGCUCCAAGGAUCCAGAGCAGGAGAAUGAUGACGGCAGUGGCGUCAAGACAACAAAUAAUUACCUCCAAGACUCCAGCGAAGACGAAACCAAAGCACGUCCAAGCAAGCGUCCCAAAAAAUCCGCCAAGGAAAAGGACUACGGUAUUUCCCGCGGCAUUGACUUCCAAGACGUGGCCUGCGUUCUCAAUUUCGACCUCCCCACCAACUCUAAAUCCUACACACAUCGCAUUGGCCGCACAGGUCGUGCAGGCAAGACAGGCAUGGCCCUCUCCUUUGUCGUCCCAUCGGACCAAUUCGGCAAACACAAACCCACGAGCUUUUCUUCCGCCAAGCACGACGAGGCAGUGCUAGGCAAAAUUAUCAAGCGUCAGGGCAAGCUCGGUCGGGAGGUGAAACCUUAUCACUUCGAAAUGAAACAGGUCGACGCAUUCCGAUACCGUAUGUCCGACGCGCUCCGUGCUGUUACUCGUGUCGCCGUACAGGAAGCACGUGCGCGCGAGAUCCGCCAGGAGCUUGUCAAAAGUGAGAAGCUGAAGCGCCAUUUCGAGGAGAAUCCCGAGGAGUUGAGGCAGUUGCGACAUGAUGGGGAGCUACGGGCAGCUCGUGUGCAGGCGCAUUUGAAACACGUACCUGAUUACCUGAUGCCGACGAAGGGGAAAGGGGGUCUUAGUAGCGGUCCAGCUGGCGACGUUGGGUUUGUUGGUUUUAGGAAGACGCAUGAAAAUCGAAUUCGGAAGGCGAGGGAGAGGAAUAGGGGUAGGGGCAGACCAGCGAAGGCUGGCAGGGGUGGGAAGAAAGUUGAUCCUCUGAAGAGUUUCAAUUCUGGUGGGAAGUAGUUAUUGGAUUUCUUAUUCUUGUUUAAUUGGUGCAUCUGGGGAUAUUAGGCACAUGCACGUUUAUCUUGACAUUUAUCUCACAUGUGCAGGGGAGGGGGGCUUUAUAGUUGAAAGACUAUACGAAAACUGUAUAGUAGCUGCAGUGGCCUGGCCGCAGUUUCUUGAGUGGUAUACGAACAAAAAUAGGAAAAAAUUGCAAAAGUUUGAUACAGAAAUGCUCUACGAAUAUGUUGUGAUUCAAAUAACGGACCAAGUAUGUGGACCCCGGGUUGUAGCUGCCCGCCACAU